UCCGUUCCGCCGCUGCUGUGUUCUUCCCGGGGAAACGGAGGCACGGAGCUGCGGCGGGCAGGGACGCCUGCCGCCUCGCGGGCGCGCCCCGGGCUUGGGCCCGCGGGGGAAGCGCUCGCCCUGAGGGGCCGGUUAUGCGCGCGCAGCACUAGCAGGGCGCUCCCCAAACCCCCGCGGAGCUAGCUGGGUAGGGGGCGACACGGACCCCAAGGGCAGCGGGAACAGCCGCUUAUCCAGUCUACUGCAUCCGUGAGGGAGCUAAAGCGCUGACCUGAGUGCCGCGUCCUGGGUGUGAACCUCCAAAAUGCAGACUCCAAGCACUAGAUCUCUGCAUUUGAGUGAAUGGCAGAAGAAUUACUUUGAUAUCACCUCUGGCACCUGUACUCCAAGCCAGAAGGCAGAUGCCUACCGUGCACAGAUUUUACGCAUUCAGUAUGCAUGGGCAAAUUCUGAAGUCUCCCAGGAUUGUGCUACCAAACUUUUUAGAAAAUAUGCAGACAAAUACUCUGCAAUUAUUGACUCUGACAAUGUAGAGACUGGCUUGAAUAACUAUGCAGAAAACAUUUUGACCAUGGCAAAAUGCCAGCAAACUGACAGUAGCCAAUGGCAAUCUGGAUUAACAAUAAAUAAUGUUUUCAAAUUAAAUAGUGUGCAAGAGAUGAUGCAGGCUGGCAGAAAGUUCAAAGAUUCUCUCUUGGCUCCAGCAGAUGCAUCUUUAGAAAUCCAUAAAGGAGUUGAUACCUUUGGUUUUUCUAAACCCAAAUCUAAUUGUACAGAACAGACAAUCAGCAUUCCAGAGAAACCGAUGUCCUUGAUCCAGCCUCAGAACAGUCAGUUGUCGAUCAUGACCAAAACUACGGGUGAUUUUCCUACAUCCUCUGUGCCUUUAGAUGAGCUGCCCAGUGCAAAGUUCCAUGUUGCUCCAUUAUUUGGAAAUGUCAAAAUGACAGGGGAUACUACCAAAGCCAAUACAGUGGCAUUAAAUGUGUCAUCCAAUCAAUCAUUUUUUCAUUCUGGACAUGGAAAUCCAAGAAAAAAGAAGGCUUUUUAUGAUUCUGGCAGUAAUGGCACUGAAGCGCUUUCUGAUCCCACACUGAACAAGACUCUUGAUAAUGCUGAAGCCAGUGGCCACAGGGAUGAGAAUAGCCUGUCUAGUUUUAAAACUGCAAAAGAGCAACUAUGGAUAGAUCAGCAAAAGAAAAACCAUCAAUCCCAGCGUGCACCAAGCCUUUCAUAUGGUGGAGUAAAAAAAUCUCUGGGAGCUGGCAGAUCCCGGGGCAUAUUUGGCAAGUUUGUUCCUCCCCUAGCCAAACAGGAUAGUAGAGAUGAGAAAGGAGGAAUGCAGUGUAAACCUCAGAGGGCUGUGCCUACAGAACCAGCUCAUCCAGUUGAUGAACGUUUGAAGAAUUUAGAGCCAAGGAUGAUUGAACUUAUUAUGAAUGAGAUCAUGGAUCAUGGCCCACCAGUAAACUGGGAAGACAUAGCAGGAGUUGAAUUUGCUAAAACCACAAUAAAGGAGAUAGUUGUGUGGCCUAUGUUGAGGCCAGACAUCUUUACUGGAUUACGAGGACCUCCCAAAGGGAUCUUACUUUUUGGUCCUCCUGGAACAGGUAAAACUCUAAUUGGCAAGUGCAUUGCAAGCCAAUCUGGGGCAACAUUCUUUAGUAUCAGUGCUUCUUCCUUGACUUCUAAAUGGGUGGGUGAAGGGGAAAAAAUGGUUCGUGCCCUGUUUGCUGUUGCAAGAUGUCAGCAGCCAGCUGUCAUAUUUAUUGACGAAAUUGAUUCCUUGUUGUCACAGCGUGGAGAUGGUGAGCAUGAAUCUUCCAGAAGGAUAAAAACUGAAUUUUUAGUUCAGUUAGAUGGAGCAACCACAUCUUCUGAAGAACGUAUUUUAGUGGUGGGAGCAACUAAUCGGCCACAAGAAAUUGAUGAGGCUGCUCGGAGAAGAUUGGUAAAGAGAUUAUAUAUUCCACUCCCAGAACCUUCAGCAAGAAAGCAAAUAGUAAAAAAUCUGAUGGCCAAGGAACAUUUUCGUCUUAGUGAAGAAGAAAUAUCCCUUAUUGUUAAGCAGUCUGAUGGAUUCUCUGGGGCAGAUAUGACACAGCUUUGCCGAGAAGCUUCUUUAGGUCCUAUCCGAAGUUUACAGACAAUUGACAUUACCACAGUCACACCAGACCAAGUUCGACCGAUAGCUUUUGUUGAUUUUGAAAAUGCUUUCCGAACUGUGCGCCCAAGUGUGUCUCUAAAAGAUUUGGAACUAUAUGAAAACUGGAAUAAAACUUUUGGUUGUGGAAAAUAAAUGAAUGAAAUAAAACUCAAGGCAGCUAUGUAAUUCAUAAUUUUAAAACUUGGGAACCAAAAAUAGUUAUUUUUAAUAAAUUUGGAGUUCUUGGUAUCUUGAGGAAAGUAGAAUGCUUGUUCCUAAUAUCCAACAUUUUCCAUGAUGGAAUAUCCUGUGCUGAUUUUGAUAUAAAUGUUAAAUGAUAAUUGAAGUUUACUUGCCCAAAAUGAGAAUUAGAUUUAUCUGGUUUUGAGGUUUUAAUUUUGUUUUGAAGGGACAACCAUAAAGGAAAUAAUUAUAUUUAAAAUGAUUUUUGAAAAUCCAGAGAUUGUAUUUGUGUAUGAAGCUUUCCUGCAGUCAUAUCUAUCUCGUGUGUAGGAAUUGGAAGGUCUUAUUUAAUUUCUUAAUGGAGUGGUAAAAUUUAGAUAGAUAUAAAAAAGCUGAAAAAGUCAAAAUCACAAAAAACCUUACUCACCUAAAUCAGAACCAGCCAUAUGUUUUGGCCCCUGCAGUUUAUAACCCAACAUAUAUUUCUGUUUUCUUCUCUCAGCAUGAAGGACUUAAAAAGAUCAGAUUACUUAGUAUUAUUUUUAGGGUCAUGUGGAAUUUUAUUUUUGCUGUAAUUGCUACGUGUUGGAAAAGAAAUAAAAUUUUUCUAUAGUAAAAAUAUGUAAUUGAUGGCAAGGAAUGAUGUGGAAUUAGAACUAUUUUUUUGUGUGACGUGAUAAAAAUACAUUGAAAGUGGUCAGUACUUGUAAAAAUAUUUGUAGGAAAUUAAUCUUUUUGACACUACACCUUGUAAUAGUAUUUUCUUUCAGAACUAAAUAUUUUAUAUAUCUUUUGUAAUGAUGGAUUAAAAACCAGUUUUUUCUAUAUUUCUAUUAUAUGAAUUUGGGGAUAAGAUAGAACAAAAAAAUUGAAUCUGGAAAUAUUACAUUCUAGGUUUAAAAAAUAUCUUCUGCCCUUUUUUUGUUGCUGCUAAGUUAUUUGGUUUUUUGUAUUAGCAAGUAUUUUUAGGUGACAUCGAAACUUUAUAGUUGUUGAUAAGUAACCAAGUUAAAAAAUUAGAUUUUUUUGUAUGGAAAAAAAGAAAUAAAUUAUGAACCAAACUGGAAUCAACAUAGAAUACUUGA